AUGGAGAUCCUCAUCAACCAUAAGGGUAAUGCCAUCGGUGUCCCUUAUGUAGGGAAGGGCUACGGCAGCUUGGGAGCAACAAUCUGCCAUUUGUGGCCAUCUGGAGGAAUUUAUGCAGAGGUGAGAAAGGUAUUUGAGUCUCCGGUAUCCGGGAGGUACAACACCACCUCGGGGUCGGUUGUAUUCUCUGUCUGGACCAGAGACCAAAGCUAUGGAGGAGUACAUAGAGGAGUCUCUGGCCACAGGGGCCGUCAGUCCAGUGGCAUCUCCUACCGGCGCAGGGGGGCCACCAUGUUUUCCAAGUUGGACCUUCGGAAUGCCUACCACCUGGUUCGGAUACGCGAGGGGGACAGGUGGAAGACAGCCUUCAACACAGCCAGUGGACAUUGGGAGUACCAUGUCAUGCCGUUUGGACUCACCAACGCUUCCGCUGUUUUCCAGGCUUUGGUCAACUAUGUGCUUCGGGACAUGCUAAACCGUUUUGUGUUUGUUUACCUUCACGACAUCCAGUUUUUUCCCCGAUCUGCCCAAGAACAUGUACUUCAUGUCAGACAGUUCCUUCAGUGCCUCCUAGAGAACCAAUUGUUUGUGAAAGCCAAGAAGUGUGAGUUCCACCACUCUACUAUCACCUUUCUGGGAUAUGUCAUUGCUGAGGGCAAUGUUCAGAUGGAUCCUGGAAAAGUGAAAGCAGUGGUGGAUUGGCCUCAACCAACGUCCAGGGUGCAGUUGCAAUGGUUUCUUGGUUUUGCUAACUUCUACCUCCGUUUCAUUCGGGAUUACAGCACCCUGGCGGCCACCCUGUCGGCACUUACCUCUCCCAAGGUACCGUCCAAAUUGUCUCCAGCUGUCAACAAAGCCGUUGUGGACCUGAAGCAUCGGUUCACAACAGCACAACAGCACCCAUCCUCAUCCCCUCGCGUAGAGGCAGAUGAUGUGCUCACCAAAGAGGAACAGAUCGGCCUGUUGUUCAAAGCCAAACGGAAGUGUGAGGUAGCCAUCAGGAACAAACACAAGCCUGGUGAUGGUUACUGCUCGCCGGAGUGGGAUGGCAUUGUUUGUUGGCCUGAGGGUUCUCCUGGAAAGCUGGUGUCCACUGCCUGUCCAGAGUACAUUUACGACUUCAACCAUAAAGGACUAGCCUAUCGUCGCUGUGACAACAAUGGGACGUGGGAGUUGACCACUACCAACAACAAGACAUGGGCCAACUACAGCGAAUGUGCAAAAUUCCUCUCGCACUAUAACCAAAAUAAUGAGAAGGAAGUAUUUGACCGUUUGUACCUCAUCUACACAGUGGGCUACUCCAUCUCUCUGGGAUCCCUUAUGGUGGCUGUGAUCAUCCUGGGUUAUUUCCGGCGGUUGCAUUGUACCAGGAACUACAUCCACAUGCACCUGUUUGUGUCUUUCAUGCUGCGAGGCAUCAGCAUCUUCAUAAAGGACGUGGUGCUGUACUCUGGUUCUGCCCUAGAGGACAUGGAAAGAGUCAGUGUGGAAGAUCUCAAGUCCAUCACUGAGGCUCCUCCAGCUAACAAAACCCAGUUUAUUGGCUGUAAAUUAGCAGUGACCCUGUUCCUGUAUUUCCUGGCCACCAACUACUACUGGAUCCUAGUAGAGGGCUUGUACCUCCACAGCCUCAUCUUCAUGACCUUCUUCUCAGACAGGAAGUACCUCUGGGGAUUCACUUUGAUUGGAUGGGGGGUCCCAGCUAUGUUUGUGACAGUGUGGGCAAGUGUGAGAGCCACCUUGGCAGACACAGAGUGCUGGGACCUAAGUGCAGGCAAUCUGAAGUGGAUUGUACAAGUGCCCAUUCUAACAGCAAUAGUGGUGAAUUUUAUGCUGUUCCUGAAUAUAAUCCGAGUUCUGGCCACUAAACUUCGAGAGACAAAUGCUGGCAGAUGUGACACAAGACAGCAGUACAGGAAACUGUUGAAGUCUACUUUGGUCCUGAUGCCACUGUUUGGCGUUCACUACAUCGUGUUCAUGGCCAUGCCUUAUACUGAGGUAACUGGAGUCCCCUGGCAAAUACAGAUGCACUACGAGAUGCUCUUCAAUUCAUUCCAGGGAUUCUUUGUGGCAAUUAUAUAUUGUUUCUGCAACGGGGAGGUCCAGGCAGAAAUUAAGAAAACCUGGAGCAGGAGGACACUAGCGCUGGACUUUAAACGGAAAGCCCGUAGUGGCAGUAACACGUAUAGUUAUGGACCUAUGGUGUCUCACACCAGUGUAACCAACGUCACUGCCCGGGGGCCCCUGGCCCUCCAUCUCACCACGCGCCUUGGGGCCCCAGUCACCGUCAACGGGCACCGGAACCUCCCGGGGUAUGUGAAGAACGGUUCUGUCUCCGAGCACUCUAUUCCUUCCUCGGGACAGGAGUUACACAUUCCCGAGGAGGAGCAGCUAUCCAAUAACACGCCACCGCAUUCUGUUGAGGAGGAGAAACCCUCGCCUGUGGUGGAGGAGGAGCGGGAGACCGUUAUGUGACGUUCAUGUGACCUCUAGUGAAAGACAGUCAUGUCAAUAGCCCCUCCGUUGUGAGGACGAUCUCUGUAGGAAUGAGUCAUGUAACAUAGCACCAGUCAUUAUUCUCAGGAUGUUACACAGUAGGAGGAUGGCUGCCUUUCGUCGACACUGCCAGUUUUUCUCCUGUGAAUCGAGCCAGAAUUUUUGUGGGUGGAUAAGGACUGGAGGACAAAGGCUCAAGGCUAAAAGGGUACCUCAGUGUUUGAGGUGAGCCACCAACACAGACAAUCACCUUCUGUACUGUAGCAAACACCGCCGCUCUUUCUGAGACUAUUUCCACCUGCCAUACGGACAAUAAUUCAUAUUUGUUUUGUUUUAUUUCACUGACUUCAAUGAGUUGCAGCAGGUACUUUAUAUUUGUUGAAAACCAACUUGCAGAUUUUUAGCUUUUUCACAUUCUAAAGCUAUUCUAAAACUUGUGGAUCGUGAAUGGUCUGUGGCUGGACAGUAGGCUAAUGUGUCUGUCUGAAACCUACAGCGAUGAUGGUCCACAGGUCCUGUGGUUGAAGGUAUCUAACAGCAUAUGUAGGUCCUCAUUCUGGCAGGAGCAUGUUAGCUGAUGUUAGUGUAGCGGAUGGAUAAGUUAGCAUACAGCUCACUAGCUUACAUCUGUUACAUUAGGAACUCCUAGUGAUACGAGGAAAUGCCUGGCUGCAGUUGCCUCUGCCCGCAUGGUUGGGGAGAUCUCACUACAUUUCGAUUGGUUUGAAAUAUGGAUGUCAAUUCAGAAAACCUAACCCACUUUGAUGUAAAAGGGAAUCAAACUCAGGUACUCCAAACCCACCAUUCUAGUGCAUCACUUUGAGCUAGUGUGUACUGUAGUUUCAGAGGUGUGCUGGCUUCUAGUGUUGAUUUAUAUGGAGGAAGGCCAAUGGAAGACUUUUCUCCAUGAUUAUCAACUUUUUGUACAGUUUUUUUUUUAGUUUUGCUAUUUAAAAGAUACUAUCCUGAUAUUCAAUAGUGUAAUAACUAUGGAAGGUUAUGUUGUUUCCAUGAUGUGCUGAUGAUAAUAUUCUGUUUCACAAUAUAUAAUGCCACAAAAGUAACCGAAACAUAUCAAUGGAGUGGGAGAGAGGAUUUUUAAAAAAUAAGCUUUUAUAUACUGUGCAGUACCUUCCGAAAGUAUUCAUACCCCUUGACUUAUUCCACAUUUUGUUGUGUUACAGCCAAAAUUUAAAAUGGAUUAGAUAAAUACAAAAUCUUACCCAUCUACACAAUGUACCCCUUAUUGACAAAUUGAAAACAAGUUUUUAGACAUUUUUGCUGAUUUAUUGAAAAUGAAAUACGUAAUUUACAGCGAUUACAGCUGUGAGUCUUUCUGGAGCUUUCUCUUAAGGGCUUUGCAGACCUGGAUUGUACAAUAUUUGCCAAUUAUUCUUUUAAAAAUGAUUCAAACUCUGUCAAAUGUAUUGUUGAUCGAUGCAACACAACCAUUUUCAUGUCUUGCCAUAGAUUUUCAAGCAGAUUUAAGUCAAAACUAACUCGGCCACCCAAGAACAUUCAUUGUCUUGGUAAGCAAUUCCAGUUCAGAUUUGACCUUGUGUUUUGGGUUAUUGUCCUGCUGAAAGGUGAAUUAAUCUCUGUGUCUGGUGGAAAGCAGACUGAACCAGGUUUACCUCUCAGACUUUGCCUGUGCUUAGCUCUAUUCCAUUUCUUUUAUAUCCUGAAAAACUCCCCAGUCCUUAACGAUUACAAGCAUACCCAUAACAUGAUGCAGACACCAGUAUGCUUGAAAAUAUGGAGAGCUGUACUCAGUGAUGUGUUGUGUUGGAUUUGCCCCAAACAUAACACUUUGUAUUUAGGACAGAAAGUGAAUUAAUUUUUUUGCAGUAUUAAUUGAGUGCCUUAUUGCAAACAGGAUGCAUGUUUUGGAAUAUUGUUUAUUCUGUAAAGGCUUCCUUCUUUUCACUCUGUCAAUUAGGUUAGUAUUGUGGAGUAACUACAAUGUUGUUGAUCCAUCCUCAGUUUUCUCCUAUCACAGCCAUUAAUCUCUAACUGUUUUAAAGUCACCAUUGUUCUCAAGGUGAAAUCCCUGAGCAUUUUUCUUCUUAUCCGGCAACUGAGUUAGGAAGGGCGCCUGUAUCUUUGUAGUGACUGGGUGCAUGGAUACACCAUAUAAAGUGUAAUUAAUAACUUCACCAUGCUCAUAGGGAUAUUCAAUGUGUGCUUCUUUUUUUUUACCCAUCUACCAGUAAUUUGUAAACAAUUCUAAAAACAUAAAUCCACUUUGAUGUCAUGGGGUAUUGUGUGUACGCCAGUGACAAAAUAAAAAAAUCUACAUUUAAUCAGUUUUAAAUUCAGGUUGUAACACAACAAAGUGUGGAAAAGGUCAAAGGGUAUGAAUGCUUUCUGAAGGCACUGUAAUUGCAGCAAACUACUUUUAUUAAAGUUUUCAAAGGGAGGCACCCUCUCCAAAACUCAGGGUUGCGGGAAACAGUUACAUUUUCGAAAAUAAAAUGUUAUUUAAAUGAGGAAUUCCAAGGAAUUCUCCAAUUUCACAGGAAAAUUCCAAAGGAGACUCGUGAAGAGACGGUAUGAAGGAACACCAGAACUAAAUAGCACACAACUGUUAUGUUUUAUAUGGUCAAGUGUUAUGCUGCUCUUUUUGUAUAUACAGUAUGUAUGCAUUUGCAUAAGAAGUCACAAUGUUUACAAUGAUAAUAAAAAUCCAUUCUAGUUGUGAGCUAAAAUAGCAUCAAGGGUCAUGGAAAUGUAUUCUCAAUAUAAUUUGAUGUUUGUACAGACUGUUCAAAAAUGUAAGGGACGUUUUGAUGUUUGAAAUAUGUUAUAUUGUAUAUAGUCGUAUAUGUAUAGAAACUGGAGGAUAUACUGUAGGUGAGGGACAAUACUGUAUGUAUCAGGACUGUUAAAAUAAGAUUUUAGUAGAAUGCCUAACAAAGGUAUUUACAGAACAUUAGACAUAAUUAUUUGAUUCAAGAACUAAAUUGCACUUUGACCCUACAGUUUCCUCUCCCACCACUGUAUAUCCACAUUUCUACACUCAAGAAACGUAUGUGAAAAUAUGUCUAGCUACACUUUAUAAAUAUAUAUAUAUACUGUAUAUUUAUUAUUUGUAUUAUUAUUAUUUUUUCUCUCUGCAUUAUGAAGGGCCCGUAAGUAAGUUAGUCUAAACGUGUUGUUUACAAAGCAUGUGGCAAAUCAAAUUUGAUUUUGAUUUAAAAUACCGCAGCUUUACAAGUUCAGUUCCAUCACACAGCAGUUUGUUUUCCAGCCAAUGUUCUCAGAGGGAAUUGAAGGGUUAAAAUAAUUAGUUUGUUUGUUAGCUAGUUUGUCACAGAACCCAGUAUUUGUGUCUUUACACUCUGUAAAAGUAGCCUUGUCCUAUACUGUAGCUAUACUGUGCUGUAGCCAAUGCUUCCGUCAUUGUCAUGCCUUAUGUUUGGCAUGAAAAUAAACAAACACACACAGAGGAGUUUACUAAAGCACAAACAGACUGGAGCACCAGGCUAUGUGUCACAGUUCCAAUAGGUGUCACAGUUCCAAUACCUUGUGUCAACCUUAUCUGUCCCAAUAGUUAAUGUACAGUAUAUUUAAUUCCUAUCCAUCCCAAUAUUUCAACGUUGUUUCAAGGGUGGACUUAACAUAGUAUUAGGAGAACCCUUUUGAAAAACCUUUUUUGGUUCCAGGUAGAACCCUUUUCACAGAGGGUUCUACCACAUGGAACUCAAAAGGGUUCUACCUGGAACCAAAAAGGGUUCUCCUAUGGGGACAGCCGAAGAACCCUUUUUUUUGUUGUAGUUGCAAAGUUACUAAUUAGCUAAAAUGCGAAAGUUGUCUGUGAUGUGAUUGGAACACGCAACCUUUGGGUCGCAAGAUGUUUGCAUUAUACUCCCACAUCUUUCAUUUUUAGAGUAACACAUUUACGUUUACUAUGUUACUUCUAGUCUGAGCGGCCAGGCUAU